AUGGCGCCAACCACCUCAGAAGGCCCAGGGGAGUAUGCAGACGAGUUGAGUGAACAUCAGUCCAUCCUCUUCACGGAGGUCUUCUCUGGCUUUGUUGGAGAGACCGCAGCACCGCCGCGGACAGCACCGCAGACAGCACCGCCGACAGCACCGGCACGGAAGGACGCCAAACCUUCCAAGGAGGAUUCGAAAGACUCAGGUGCCCAAAGCAAAUCUGGCAAGGAUGCCAAUGAAGACGGGAAGGUUUGUGAGUGGUCGCCGCUGCUGAAUGUGCAGAGGAAAUUCUGCAAGCAUCAGCAGCGACAGUACUUUGUCCAGGUUGCGCCCGAUCUUCUGAAAGGAGAACCUUUCGGCAGAUUGCGGAGGAAGGGAUACGGCGCCAUGAUGCGAAAUCCCCCGCUGUCCCUGCCAUCUGCUGUGUCAACCCAGUUUGGUUUUCCAGAUACCUGGCUGACAUCGAGAUCGUCUUGCAAUGAUGUUGCGCGGAGGAGGAAUCUCGCUCCGACUGUGGAGCGCUUUCCGGCCUUGAGAAGCACGGGCGUUCGACCACCACUUUGCGACUUGGAUGAGAUAGAUGCGAAAGAUGAGGCAGCGGCUUGGGGGUCGUCCACUCCCAAGGCAACGGAUCGGCGUGAAGUUAGAGAGCCAUCUUUCAAGAUCGAUCGGCCAUGGCUGUCUGGGGUCAUCACCUCAGCCCACGCCAAUGUCUUCAAGGCACGAUACCGUUCAGCGCAGUGUGGCCUUGUGGCAGGCCCGUCGACCCCGUCUCUUGGAGUGUUCGCCUUGGUUGAAAAGGGUGGAAUCAGUGGAAUCUCUUUUACAAUUGCACUUGAAACUCAGAGUUUACCAGAUCAGGCGGGCAGCUGGAGGCUUAUGUGCAAUGUGCUUAGCAGUGGAUGCGGCUCCAUGCCGUUUGUGCAAUGA